AUGUCCGCUCAAAUUUGUUUCGGAGAGGCCGAAAAAAGAGAUAUCGUACUUUCUUCAAAUGCCUCUGAUAAAUGUUGGAAGAUCAUCGGAAAAGUGAUAAAGCGAGGAGAGUAUGAAGACAAGGCAGUCAAGAAACUUAAAUUUUUCUGGCCAUUGCGUCUUCUACGGAGUCCUGAUCCAGAAGUACAGUUAGACACAACUGGCCCAGUUCUUCCAGUCGUAUUCCUUGACCUUCCUGGAUUAUUGGAUACAGGCCCAACGCAAAUCGUGGAGAAUAUCCCUGAUUACCAUAAUUUUAUUAUUGUAAUCGAUUGUUCGACUGAAAUCAGACCUACGUUAAGCAGCUUGCUGAAAGGCAUAGAGGACAAAGUCACACAACAUGGCGGUACCUUUGACCCGACCUCAGUGAUAUUCUUGCUUAAUCGUCUAGACAUAUUGGACGAGGAUCCAAGCAGCGAGCCAAGGAAGACAGUUAUUUUGAAAACAAUUCAGGAAAGCUGGCCUAUCGUCACCGCGAGUCAGCUUCAUAUGAUAUCCUGUAAAAAGAUGCUGAAGGGUAAAGGAGACAUUAUAGGGUUUAAAGAUGCGAUCUACAACUUCAUUGCGCUUGUCAAUCGUCGGACCAUAGAAGAACAUUGCUUCUGGCUCACAAAAUUGCUGGAAGGUGUUGCUGCCUACUUCAAAACAGGAUACAACUGGUUGUCAUUCGACCAAUGUUUAGAAAGGAUUAAAAAGCAUGCGGACGACGAUAACAAAUACCUUCAGAACGAACUUGAGAAACUGUCAAAUGGAAAGUCACAGUUUUAUAAAGAUCUUCUUGAAGCAGCACAGGAGAGAAAAAAGAAACUAAAAACGUUCUUAACGACUGAAAUACAAAACAGGCCAAAUGAUACCGAUACGUACACUGUAGUAACAACAGCAAUGAAAACACCCGAGUAUGACAAAAUCAAAACGGAUUAUGAAUCAAAGAAAGAAAAGCUAGUUGACAAACAGAAACGUGAAUUCAAGAAAAAGUUUAAACUCGUGGAAAACAUGGAAAAGGAAGACGUGUCACUGCAAACUCACGUCCAGAGAGACGAAAUAAUUAUGGCUGUGGGUAGACUUGUGAUGACCCACGUGGCAGUGGUACAAAUACCAGUCAGAACAAUAGAAGAAAAAUUAGAGCUCAACCGAAACAAAGACGCAAACGUCAUUGUCAACUGUCUAUUAGACGAGUGUGAACGACAAGCAGAUAUUGAAAAACAACGAAUGCUCGAAUUUUUGAGAUUACAAAGUGAAGUGAGACUAAAGAUAAUAAAGAUUCAGCCAAUGAGUCAAUCACAAGACACCAGUAAACAUCGGCGCCUCGCAGAUAUCGCUAAUCGAGACGUCAGGAAGCUCUAUAAGAUAUACGUAGAGCAUGUGUUGGAACACGAAUUCCGUGGCGGUUUCGAGGAGGCGUCAAAAGACUGCUUCGUCCGCUACCGCCGAGGAAAGAGUCCUACUUCCGGAGGUCUUCCGCAGCAUACGGAUAUAUACAGGGAGAUGACCAUGUUAAGAGCAUUGUCAGAGAAGGAAAAGGAAGAACAUGAAAAAAGAGGCCAUUUUCUAUUGCUUCAAGGAACGUCGUCCUUGGUGCAGGAACACGACCACGUUCUCGCCAUCGGUAUGGAAAGGUGUGACGUUUCUCUGAGCGAUGUGAUAAUGGGCCUCCACACAGAACGAGAUAGCUGGCAAGUUGACGAUGGAAAAAAGAUGACGGAAUAUGCAUUAUGCGCAGCAAAAGGACUACAAUUCAUGCAUGAAAACGGAUUUGUACAUCGCGACGUCAAACCUCAGAAUUUUUUGGUGAAGUUUGGUCAUGAUGGAGCAAAGGACAUGGUAAAAAUUUGUGCUGUUGGACACACAGAUGAAAUGGCAAAUAUGCCAGCCGGAUAUGGAACUAGAGAAUACUGUGCACCUGAGGUAGUGUCAGCGGAAGUCUAUUCCACCAAGUCGGACGUCUACAGCCUCGGUCUGGUACUCUGGGAGAUGUGGUAUUGUACGGAGAUCACGUGUGGCGCCGGUGAACCACCACCACUCCAACCGGAACCGGAAGGGGUGUUUGGAAGUAUUUUACCGCUGUGCUUGAAGAAAUGCGCAGCAGAUAGACCCGACUGCUCCUUUAUAGUGCAAGUAUUGGAGGAAGAGCUUAAUAGAGUUUAGGAAUUUACUGAUAUUAGGAUAAAGAGAGAACUGGAAUAGACAAGGGUAACUUUUUAUUACGAGCAUUGUAGAGUAAAUAUAGUAGUUAAUAAGAAAAAAUAACAGAGCGAAUAUUGUUUCAGUAAAAA